AUGGUCAUGAGCUCUCACGAAGUAGGAGGCAACAUCCAGAUCGGAAUUGACUCCGGAAAGGAUAAGCUGGGACAUGUCCACGACAAAUUGAAAGAGAAACUUGACAAAAUUAAGGACAAGGUUCAUCACGAAAUAGAGACUGGCAAAGAUAAAAUCGGUCAUGGCCAAGGCAAUGUCCAAAUUGAAGUCGAUGUUAGCAAAGACAAGAACAGUCAUGGUCACCAUAUCAGUGGCGGAAGCUCCCACGAAAUUGGUGGCAACGUGCAGAUUGGAGUUGACACUGGCAAAGACAAGAACAGUCAUGGUCACCACACGUCUGGCAGCAGCUCCCACGAAGUAGGAGGCAACAUCCAGAUCGGAAUUGACUCCGGAAAGGACAAGCUAGGACACAUUCACGACAAACUCAAAGAGAAACUAGACAAAAUUAAGGACAAGGUUCAUCACGGAAUAGAGACUGGCAAAGAUAAAAUUGGUCAUGGCCAAGGCAAUGUCCAAGUUGAAGUCGGUGUUAGCAAAGACAAGAACAGUCAUGGUCACCAUGUCAGUGGCGGAAGCUCCCACGAAGUUGGUGGCAACGUGCAGAUUGGAGUUGACACUGGCAAAGACAAGAACAGUCAUGGUCACCACACGUCGGGCAGCAGCUCUCACGAAGUAGGAGGCAACAUCCAAAUCGGAAUUGACUCUGGAAAGGACAAGCUGGGACAUAUCCACGACAAACUGAAAGAGAAACUCGACAAAAUUAAGGACAAGGUUCACCAAGGCCAUGGUCAUGUCCAAGUUGGAGUUGAAGGUGGUAAAGACAAGGACGGUCACGUUCAUGUCAGUGGUGGAAGCUCCCAUGAAGUUGGUGGCAACGUACAAGUUGGAGUAGAUACCGGCAAAGACAAGGACGGCCAUGGUCAUCACACGUCUGGAAGCAGCUCUCACCAAGUAGGAGGCAACGUCCAAAUCGGAAUUGACUCUGGAAAGGAUCACCUGGGAAGUGUCCAUGACAAAUUGAAGGAGAAACUGGACAAAAUUAAGGACAAGAUUCACCAAGGCCACGGUCAUGGUCAUGUUCAAGUUGGCGUUGAAGGUGGUAAAGACAAGGAUGGUCAUGGUCAUCAUAUCAGUGGUGGAAGCUCUCACGAAGUCGGUGGUAACGUACAAAUUGGAGUUGAUGCUGGUAAAGACAAGAACAGCCAUGGCCAUCACACGUCUGGAGGAGCCUCUCACGAAAUUGGGGGCAACGUACAAAUUGGAGUUGAGUCUGGGAAAGACAAGGAAGGCCAUGGUCACCAUACGUCCGGAGGCAGCUCUCACGAAAUCGGAGGCAGCAUCCAUGUCGGAGUAGAUCUUGGAAAUGACAAGAAGUUCCAAUUCAAUCACACAAUCGAAGGAUCGGUACAUGGAAUCGGUGACAAAAUUCAUCACGAGAUCCAAGCAGGAAAAGACAAGUUGCAAGAAAUUAACGACAAAGUGAAAGACAAAGUUCAUGAAAUCAAGGAUAAUAUUCAUCAUGGAUUAGAAGCUGUGAAGGAUAAACUGGGACAUGGUCAUGGCAAUGUCCAAAUUGGCGUUGAUGCUGGUGUAGACAAGAAUGGACAUGGCCACCAUACAUCUGCAGGAAUUUCUCACGAAAUUGGCGGCAAUGUACAAAUUGGCGGACAAACUGAUAACAAUGGCGGAUAUGGUCAUCAUACGAUUGGAGGGGGUGUCGGAGGACACGGAGGCAAUGUUCAAAUUGGAGUUGAAGGUGGCGUAGACAAGAAUGGACAUGGCCACCAUACAACUGAAGCGGUACGAAUAAAUUAUGCAUUUUAA